GUCCUUCCGAGGCAGGAAGAGAUCGUAUUGCGCAUGCUCUUUCUUUUCCAGCUUUCGUCCUGAGAGUGCCGCCACGAUGUUGAUGCCUAAGAAAAACCGUAUUGCAAUCUAUGAACUCCUUUUUAAGGAGGGUGUGAUGGUGGCCAAGAAAGAUGUCCACAUGCCUAAGCAUCCAGAACUAGCGGACAAAAAUGUGCCCAACCUCCAUGUCAUGAAAGCAAUGCAGUCCUUGAAAUCUCGUGGCUACGUGAAGGAACAGUUUGCCUGGAGGCAUUUUUAUUGGUAUUUGACCAAUGAGGGCAUUCAGUACCUGCGGGAUUAUCUCCAUCUACCACCUGAAAUUGUGCCUGCCACUUUGCGUCGCAGCCGUCCUGAAACAGGCAGACCCAGGCCCAAAG